AUGGAGAAUCGCCAAACAAACCAAAUACCAUCCGAUUACAUUGAAGAAUUUUCGAACUUAAAGAGGAAAUUGGAAACCUUAUGGGACAAACAGUAUGCCGAAGACAUAUAUGAAAAUAUGAAGGAGCAGGAGCAGCGUCGAUGUAACCUAUCAUUUUAUUCUACGCCACUUGGUGACCGCAAUAGAUUGAUCAACCUUAUGGAAAGGAUAAAUAAAUCGUUCAAAUUCAACCACUGCACUAUACACCUGGCCCUGUACUAUAUGGACUGUAUACAUCAAGUAUAUAGAAUCAAGAGGGACAAGGUGGUGAUGAUGAUGCUCGUAUGCAUCCAUCUUGCCGCCCAAAUCGAGGACACCGUUACAACUAUUCCUCGAUUCUGUGAUAUGAAUAUAGUAGUCGGCAAUGUCUAUAACGUUCGCGAGUUCAAGUCUGUGGAGCGUAGGAUUCUACGCUUCAUGAAAUUCGAAAUGCUGCGUCCCACCACCGCCAGUUUUGUGCAGCUUUUUAGUACUCGUUUCCUCACCCAGGAUGAUUUUGUGGGCUACUUCGAAGAGAUGAAACGACGUCCAAUCUACGAAAAGUUUCCCCGUUACAUCAGCUUCGAACAUAUGUAUCUAGAAAUACUCUGCAAGCUGCACAAGGUGUCGGACUAUACACUGAAGAUACCCGAAUUUUGCAGCGUACCUCCAUCGAUGUUGGCGGCCGUCUGCAUCGCAUUUGUGCGAAAGAUAAGCUUAAUAGAACCCUGGACACCCUAUCUACAGGAGCUGACUGGAUAUAGUGAGUCUCAAAUAGAGCCAUACCUCAACCCCCUACGACUGUUCCAUGAGGACGAGAUUCGUAAUGAGCGUACGAAUGUCCGCUGUCUGCUUCCACCUAGCCAUCUGUCAGCUGGCCAAGAACAAAAUAUCCACAACAAGCCAACCGGAGUAGUUGAAAACAACAAUAAUAUUAACGUUCAGCCCGAGAUGCCACCUCCUGAAUUGCCGACAACUUCUAAGCGUCGUCAGCAAAUGAACGAUGAUGUCGAGCCCCAUUUUCAUCCCAGCAAGAAGCAGAAGAAACAUUAG